AUGAAGUUCAAGGAAUUAAAAUUCAGCAAAUUUCUGUCAAAAAUCUCCACAAUUCAUGGAUUAAGCUACAUUGGCGAUGGAAAAGCUUCAAGAUUCUCAAAAAUAUUCUGGAUUUCUGCUUUUAUUUGCUCAUUUUUGGGCUGUUUUUUCUUCUUUCUGCAAGUUUACGAGAAGGUUUUUGUGGUUCCUGACAUUUCAAUUAAAAUUGACCAUCGACCUUUGAAUGAGUUUCCAUUUCCAGCUAUUACUAUUUGUCCACAGAAUAAGUUUCCAUAUGAAUCCAUAAACUACAACCAAAAUUUGGACAAAUUGAGAAACUUCAUCAACAUGACUGAAACUGAAAAAGAAGAAAUGGAACUGGCAUUUCAAAGUUGUCAAUCUCAUCUCGGCUUUGUUGGCAGUGACUUAAAAUUCAACUAUUCAUGCGCCAAACUAGUUGAAAAGCUCUCAGAAAAGCAGUUUCAAGAUGAAAUUUUACUAAACGGCCACUGGGAAUUUGACAAGUCAGACUACCUUAAAGACUACAUCAAUCGUGUCCUCACAUUUGACGGCUUUUGCUUCACAUUUAAUCAACUUAAUUUCAAUGAAAUAUUCACAAAUCAAAUCCACGGGGAUUUCGAAGUUUACAACCACAAAUAUCCAUCAAAUUGGAGUGUCACAAGUGGAUACCUAACCUCAAAUUCAAAUUAUCCAUUUAAAAUGCAGGAAAAUAAGAAAAGCGUCCUCAUUUGGCUCGAACCGAAUGACACAAAAAUUGACAAAUUCUGUUCAAAUUAUCAGCGUGGAUUUCAAAUUUUUUGGCACUCGCCAGACGAGAUUUUGACUCCUUGGAUCCCAUCCAUCAAUAUCAACAGCGUUAAUAGAAAAUUUCAAAUAUUCCUCAAAGUCAAAAGCUUCAAAAUGUCACCGGAACUCCAAAAAUACAACGUCAAGUACCGGCAGUGCUACUUCGAUGGUGAAAAAAAGCUGAAAUUUUUCAAAAUUUACACAGAAAAAAAUUGCAAAUUUGAAUGUUUGGCAAACAUAACUUUAAGUAAGUGCGGAUGUGUCAGGUACUACAUGCCAAGAGACAACAUAACCAGAAUCUGCCAGUCAAUCCACUUGCCAUGUGUUAAUAGAGCUUACAACACCUUCAUAAAUGACCAUCAACAGUGCAACUGCCUUACAGCCUGCAACUACAUCGAGUAUGAGCUAAUCAGCAUUGAAAAGUCCAAAAUAUUCUCAGAAUACCUUCAAAUGAUGAACGACAAGGUUGUUUAUACUUUUAAAAACUUUUUCAAAAUGGCAUAUCCAAAUUUUACACAAAAUGAAGCAAAUCGGAUGAUUGAGAAUCUGCUGGAAAAUAUUGAGAGUCAUGAGGAUGGAUUUGUUAAAGUUAAUAAGCAGACAUUGAAGGUUUCGAAGAGACCAAACAUAACCUACCUCAACCCAAUAAUCAUGAAAGGCAACGUCGAAGAGCGCACAAGCUUCUCAGCAUAUCAAAUGCAGCAAUUUAUCUCAGAUUUUGGUGGUUUAUUGAGUCUGGCAAUGGGAUGUUCAAUUCUGUCGAUUGUUGAGCUCAUUUACAAUGCGUUUCAUGUCAAACAUGAGCCUGAACAUGAUGACGAGAAGGACAACGAUGAAGAGAAAGUCGAGGAAAAUAAUUAA